UCAAUAACGUUGACUUUCUCUUGUCUCUUAGUCGUCGUCCUUCUUCGUCUGCUUCUUCCAACUUUUAUUUUUCCAAAUCCCUACAUUUAAGAAUUUUCUUUACUUUUCUUUCCUAUCUGUUCCUGAAUCCUCCUUUUUUUCUUGGCAAUUCAGCUCAAUUCGUUUCGCGAUUCUGGGGAAAAAAGUUUUUUUUUGUUGGUUUUGUGUAUGUACUCAAAAGAUCUCAAAGUGGAGAAGCCAAGCGGUUGUUUUCAUCUCUUUGGGAGAAUGAAGUGCUUCUUAUUCCCUCACAAGAGAGAUGACGAACACAGAAGCCCUAAACCUCUCUCACCCCUCUCCGACCGUGCUACUGGUGGUUUCACCAACAACGGUUCCAACGGCUCUGUAGCCAGCACGGUUUCAUCAUCCACCACCGGGAGGAACUCCAACCACCCCUUGCCCACCAGAGAAAACAACCUCAGAGAGUUCACAAUCACCGAUCUCAAAUCCUCCACCAAGAACUUCAGCCGCUCCGUUAUGAUCGGCGAAGGCGGUUUCGGCUGCGUCUACUGGGGAACCGUCAAGAGCCUCGAAGACCCUUCCAAGAAAAUCGAAGUCGCGGUGAAGCAGCUCGGCAAGAGAGGCCUGCAGGGUCAUAAAGAAUGGGUGACGGAAGUUAACUUUCUCGGGGUGGUGGAGCAUCCGAACCUGGUGAAACUGCUUGGUCACUGCGCAGAAGACGACGAGCGUGGAAUCCAAAGGCUUCUUGUUUACGAAUACAUGCCAAACCAAAGCGUCGAGUUUCAUUUAGCUCCUCGUUCCCCCACCGUGCUUACUUGGGACCUAAGGUUGAGGAUAGCACAAGACGCAGCUCGGGGUUUAACUUAUCUCCACGAAGAAAUGGACUUCCAAAUAAUAUUCAGAGAUUUCAAGUCAUCCAACAUUCUAUUAGACGAAGAUUGGAAAGCAAAGCUUUCGGAUUUCGGUUUAGCUCGGUUAGGUCCUGAACCGGGAUCAACUCAUGUUUCUACUGGUGUGGUAGGAACAAUGGGCUACGCAGCUCCGGAAUACAUUCAGACAGGUCGUCUCACCUCGAAAAGCGACGUGUGGGGUUACGGAGUAUUCAUCUACGAGCUGAUUACAGGAAGGAGGCCGCUAGACAAGAACAGGCCUAAAGGAGAGCAGAAGCUUCUUGAAUGGGUGAGACCUUACUUAACCGACACGAAGAAGUUUAGGCUCAUUAUAGACCCGAGGCUGGAAGGCAAAUACUUGAUCAAACCGGUUCAGAGACUAGCCGUUGUGGCCAACCUUUGCCUCGCUAGGAACCCAAAGGCACGUCCGAAGAUGAGUGAGGUGUUGGAGAUGGUGACGAAGAUUGUGGAAGCUUCUUCUCCUAGGAGUGGUGGUGGCAAGAAGCAGCAGCUGCUUCCUUUGAGGAGUCUAGAAGCUUCUAGAGAUGAGGAAGAGAAGAACAAGAAGGUGGUUGAUGGUGGGGAAGGAGGUUGGUUGGAUAAAUUAUGGAACCCAAAGAAUGUGAGAGCUUGUUGAUUCUGAUACAAGUACACUACUACAGCCUUUGCUUAUCUUCUGUAAUUCAACAAAUUCAAAUAUUGUUUUUUUCUGGUUUGUUAAUUUAAUAUUUGUAACUUACAGUGGUUGUGUUGUUUCCAUAAUGAGCAUAUAAUAAACGAAUUAUAUUUUUUCA